UUAAAAAUUAGGCACUUACCAUAAUUUGCCGGCACAAGCACUCCACCAGCAGUAUAAAAGCCGCACCAAAGUCUACUCAGAACUCAAAAAAAGAAAAUCCACAAUUUUCGGGAUUCAUUUUCCUACACUUUCUCUUUGCUUCCCUCGCUUAUCUCCCUGUUUUUUCAAAAAAGCCUCCGCGCCAGACGAAAAGAAAAGAAAACAACAAUUCGAAUUCGUCGCUUUUUACAAUUGUUGCGAUCCAAUUGAACCCUAGGUUUCCCGAGGAAAAAAAAAAAAAAAGAAAAAGUGAGAGACAAUGCCGAGGGAAAUCAUCACGCUGCAGGUCGGACAAUGUGGGAACCAGAUCGGAAUGGAGUUCUGGAAGCAGCUUUGCCUCGAGCACGGAAUCAGCAAAGAUGGCAUUCUCGAAGAUUUCGCCACACAGGGAGGUGACCGCAAAGAUGUGUUUUUCUAUCAAGCUGAUGAUCAGCACUACAUACCACGAGCUUUACUAAUUGACUUGGAGCCCAGAGUGAUUAAUGGAAUUCAAAACAGUGAAUAUCGGAAUCUUUAUAAUCAUGAGAACAUAUUUGUUUCAGAUCAUGGAGGUGGUGCAGGAAAUAAUUGGGCAAGUGGAUACCAUCAGGGAAAGGGUGUUGAAGAAGAUAUAAUGGACAUGAUUGAUAGAGAAGCAGAUGGAAGCGAUAGUCUUGAGGGUUUUGUUUUGUGCCAUUCAAUUGCUGGCGGAACAGGCUCAGGUAUGGGUUCAUAUCUGUUGGAGACUCUGAAUGAUCGUUACAGCAAAAAACUUGUUCAGACAUACAGUGUGUUUCCUAAUCAGAUGGAAACGAGUGAUGUGGUGGUCCAACCCUACAACUCACUUUUAACUCUUAAGCGACUAACACUCAAUGCUGAUUGUGUUGUCGUUCUUGAUAACACUGCAUUAAAUAGGAUUGCUGUUGAGCGCCUUCAUCUAUCAAAUCCCACCUUUGCUCAAACAAAUUCUUUGGUUUCUACUGUCAUGUCUGCCAGCACAACCACUCUUAGAUAUCCAGGAUACAUGAAUAAUGACUUGGUUGGUCUUCUUGCAUCUUUAAUUCCUACACCGAGAUGCCAUUUCCUAAUGACGGGAUAUACACCACUUACGGUGGAGCGCCAGGCCAAUGUGAUUCGUAAAACCACUGUGCUGGAUGUUAUGAGAAGGCUUCUGCAGACAAAAAAUAUUAUGGUUUCCUCUUAUGCUCGAACGAAAGAAGCUAGUCAAGCAAAGUACAUAUCGAUACUGAACAUCAUUCAGGGAGAAGUGGACCCCACUCAAGUUCACGAGAGUUUGCAGAGAAUACGUGAAAGAAAACUUGUUAACUUUAUUGAGUGGGGCCCUGCAAGUAUUCAGGUUGCUCUGUCUAGAAAGUCGCCAUAUGUUCAAACUGCCCAUAGGGUAAGUGGUCUUAUGCUAGCAAGCCAUACUAGUAUCCGGCACCUUUUCAGUAAGUGUUUAAGCCAGUAUGAGAAGUUGAGAAAGAAGCAAGCCUUUCUUGAUAACUAUCGGAAGUUCCCAAUGUUCGCUGAUAAUGAUCUUUCUGAAUUUGACGAAUCAAGAGAUAUCAUUGAGAGUUUAGUUGAUGAAUACAAGGCCUGUGAGUCGCCAGAUUACAUUAAAUGGGGAAUGGAGGAUCCAGAUCAUGUUUUAACAGGGGAAGGCAAUGCUAGUGGAACGGUGGACCCAAAUUUGGCAGUUUAAACAAACGUAAGUAAUAAUCAACACUUCCCAGGAAUUUUUCCAUCUUUCAGAGGCGUUGGGUUUCAUUUGUUAACAGGGGAUUUUAAAAGCAUAUUUUAGGUGGGGGGUUGCCCAAACCUUGAUUGAUUCUUAUGCAUUCUGAAACCUUUUUCUUUUCCCUUCAUAUUCAUUAUGAAUGGAUUGGAAACUACAGGUUGCAGGUUAAAGCCCCAAUGCCGAGGCUUUGUUAUUGUUGAUUGUUGAUAAGAUGUGUAUUUUUCCUUGCAAAUGGUUUGUAGGGUGAUGUGUUGGGUGUUUUAAUUGGCUAAUUAUAAGCUCUUCGUUUAACGUAUAAGAACACCUCACUGUAUCAGGUUUUGCUUUCCAAUUUUAAUAUCGCUUGGUGUACCUGGAAUCUAGGUAAUCCAGGCCAGUCAUGUGGCGUGCAGGAUUAUCAUAGCCUUGGUCUCCAUUCCUUGGCGUUAGGUAGUUGUUCUUUUUUAUAAUUUUUUUUUUUUUUUUUCAAGGAAAAUCAUGCUUACCACACCAUGUGGUGGGCCAAAUUUCAGAAACACCAUGGUGCAUGCCUGCAUGGUGGCAUGUUCUCUGAUUGCUCAUGAUUGGUUUGAGAUUUAUUAUGUUUGUAUUUUCAAUGGGUAAAUAUUUUAUUAAAUUAUGGGUUA